AUGUAUAUCAAGAGGAAUGGUGCAAUAGAAUCACGCCCAUCUUAUGGUGAUUUACCAACUAGCUCUGUAAUUGAGGCGUCAUGUUUCAGCAUUAAGGUAUAUCAUGGGGGGUUGAUGAAACAGCAGUCAACUAAACACUAUGUUGGAGCUGUGGUCGACUACUUUGACUAUGUGAAACCAACAGAUAUUAAUAUGACAGAGUUGAGGAAGAUGGCCGAGAUUUGUGGUUACGUCAAUGAUUCAGUGAUAUUCUGGCACAAAUGUGGUAAGUUUGGUAACAUAUUGAGACUAUUAUCAACUGAAGUUGAAAUAGAACCUGAGAAUGAAGGUCAAACAAUCAACAUUCAAAAUAUGCAACAAACUAUUGGAAUUACUGAGAAAAUGGCUGAAACGUCAAACUCGUCUAGUUGUGAUGAGUUUGAGGAUUCUGAAAAUGAAAUAUCAGAUUUCAACCCAAUGCUUGAUAAGCGAGUUACUGGAAAACAACCUGUUGAAGGUGGUAGAGAGCUUAUUAGUGCCGAGGUUCAAAAGAAGCUGUCAAAUGAAGAAGGGGAUUCUGAUUGCGUGAAUUCAUCGGACACUUUAAGCUUGGACAAUGGGAGUUUUGAUUUUCCUAAGUACAAUCCUAAAACUGAUGAGAAGAGUCCAAUACUUGCUCUUGAAUAUACAUUUGGAAACAAAAAUGAGUCUAAAUUUGCUGUGGAAACUCAUGAAAUAAAAGCUGGAAAGUAUAUCAAGUGGCGCAAAAAUGACAAGAUAAGAAUAAGAGGGACAAAGGGAUUUCAAAUAAAAACUUACAAUCCUAAGCAUAGUUGUAAAAAUUGGCAUCACCGUUAUAAGACGAUCACAUCUUCUUUUAUUGCGAGGAGAUAUCUGGAUACCAUCAGUUCAAACAGGGAUUUGAAAGUUUCUAAAUUCAGGGACACAGUCAGUCAGAAACUUAAAGCUCAUGUUAGUUUACCUCAAGCUAGAAGGGCUAAAAGAAAGGCCGUUGCAUUGCUUGAUGGUGAUACUAAAGAUCAAUUUGCUAUGUUGUGGGACUACAUCGAUGAGCCUGAAAGGACAAAUCCAGGCUUCAAGGCCGGUUGUAGAAAGAUAGUUGGUGUAGAUGGUUGUUGGUUAAAGGGCGCGAUGUACGGAACUCAAUUGUUAACGGCAGUUGGACUUGAUGCUAAUAAUAACAUAUUCCCAAUCGCAUACGCAGUUGUUGAAAAAGAAACACGGGAUACAUGGUUGGAUGUUGUUCGAAUUACUUUGAUGCUGUUUUGGGAUGGUGUUCCAGUCACUAUUGCUGCUAUUGUUCUUUUUGGAAGCUAA